AGAUCAACUUUAUGUACCGAGGUUUCAGUAAUAAUACAAUUUUUGUUUCAUACAUUAUUUCGAAAAUAUAUAACCUAGGGCCUAUUAAUCGUUCUUAAUAUGCAUUAUAUUAAUUCUAACCUAACUUAACCAAUUACUUUGGUUAAUAUCAAUUUCUAAAUUAGAGUUUAACGAUUAGUCAAAGAUAUACAUAUCAAUUACUUGUAGAGAUUUAAUUUUUGGUCCACUAGAAAAUGUAUAGAUCCCUUUUUUAGUUAUUCAAGCAAGGAAAACUCGUUCGAUACUCUCGACGGUUCCUUUGAUCAGUCGUCUUACCAAUAUCGACGCUUUGACCUUUAUACAAAUUUUCUUUAGCCUUCGUGAAUGGUUUCGCGUUUGAUUAUUUUUUAAUGAUCGAUGAAGGGAUGUUCAAGACUCGAUAGGAGCUGAUAGCACGAAGGUAAUCGAGAACAGGAUAUUCGAUUUAGUUAUCGAGAUUUAAUCUUCCAUGUUGAUUUAACGAUACGAAAGUGACGUGGAAGGGAAGAGGGUUAGGAAAUAGAAGUAGAAUAUUUAAUUUUGUAUGCGAACAAGAUUCAAAUUUACGAAUAGACUCGACACAGUAUUCAAUGAUAAUAGAUAACUUAAUUCGGGUAAAAAUAUACGAAUAAAAAAUUGUCGAAAUUAAAUUUCGUUGGAAAAGUCGUGUAUCUGAAAUUUCUAAUUGUAUACUUAGUCUCGUCAGAAAAUUCCGUCACUUUUCUACUCGAAUGUGAUAACCCCCGAACCAAUUUAUCCAGAUCAUCGUACGUCGAUCGAAAGGCGUCGGUACUCUUCCUUUCAUUUAUUUGACAAAAGUAUCUUCUUUUUAUGUUCCUGAAAAGAUCGUUGAAGAAAAAUAACACCGUCAUCGUCAUAGUGCAAUCUGCGAAAGGACAACGCGAACAAGAAAAGGGUAGCUAGCGACGAAUUUAAGUCGUUUCGAGUUCGUUUAAGCAAAAUCUUUCCAAGCAAUCAGUAUAUCUUUCAGCCAGUAACAACGAAGGACCAAGGUACGAGCAUUUUCCUCACUUUUAUUCGUUUAGUUUUAAAAAAAAAACAUUUUCUUAAUUUUAUUCGCUUGGAUUACAGAAACAUCUCCCUACCUUUAUUGAUUUAGAUUAAAAUCUUGUUCACAGAAUUUUCUUAUGAACUAUACUAUUUAUACAAUCGAGGCGCUAUAGUAAAUAUGGACAUGACUCGAAUAGAAAUGACACGGUCCCCUGCCGAUUGUAUUCUGUCUCUCGAAUUCCAAUUAACGGAGACAAUCAGGUUGUUGAGUUGAGAACUACGGUCAUGUUUGGUAAUUUCUUGUUUUCCCUAACCACUUCAGACUCGUCGCAAAUUACUAUAAAACUACACGUAUACCGUAGAUUCUAUUAGGUAGACCGAAAAGUAAUGUCAUUUCUUUUACAUUAAAUUCAAACUUUUUAAUAAAUUUCUACCUUUAAUUCAUUAUAUAAUCGCCCUCAUUGUCAGCAGCCUUUUGUCACCUAUUGUGCAAAUUCUCAAUGGUAGAAAAAUCAAUGAGCUGAUAAAUGAUAAACAAGUAUUUAAGAUGUCAAAAACGACAUUACUUCCCAGUCCACCUAAUAUAAACAAGUAACAUGAUCUGUCGACUAUCCUACGUCUUUGUCUCAUUUAGAGUUUACGUAGAUUGCAGUUUAUCAUUUACAAUCGACAGUUUGCAGUACAUCAAACACCAGUUCAAGUAACCUCUUAGCAAUUGCACACAAUUUCGAUAAACUAUUAACAAUGGUAGCGCAAACAACCACACCAACGGUUGCGGUCGUUGGACCAACGAUUCCACACUUCAACUUUAAACGACAGCCAUUUUAAUUACAUACAGUUCAAUUAACAUCUGAAAAAUUACACCGAAAUUAAACAACCAGUUAACCAGUCCCUCGCGAUAUCCAUCUACAAAUCCUUCGCUCAACCGCGUCAUCUUCAUCCCUUCUGAAGCUCCCUCAAUCAAGCUCCGCGUUGAUCUGAAUCUCUUUCCCCCACCCCGUGGCCCUCUCCUCAAGUUCGAAGAACCCCGACAUUCGAAAUCUCGCAAUCGAUCAGAAAAGUCGGCCGCAGUCGGUCGUUCGGUUCCGUCGUUCGCGUUUCCAGGCCAUCGCUAGCCCCGAAGGGUGGCAGAAGCAGUGUCUUUCCACCCACCGCGACUGGUGGGGAUGGUCGCGCGCAGGGGGCUCGCGGGUGGGCGUUCAAAGCUCGUACGCGCAUGUUUCUUCUCCGGCGGAACCAACGGAUCGAUGCUGGAAAUAACUCGAGCCGCAGGAGAGAGUACGAGGUGAGUCGGCUUCGCUUUCGGCAGGGCCUUUGCGGCUCCCCCAAACGCCCGCUUUUCCAUCCGAUUUUCCAGAGAACGAGCGAACCGUCAUCUAUCGCACGCGUCGCGUCUCGUUCGCACGCGACCAAAUCGCCUCGCCAUCGUCGAUACCCACGAGCCGUUCCGCCGACGGAGCUCACUCCCCACGGUAGCAUCCCCGUCGAGCCUCUCUUCCGCUUUCCCUCUUCCGUUCAGUGCUGGUUCGUCGAUAAAAGUGCGCGACAACCGAGAGGAGCGUUGGUCUCUCCGAGUCGCGGGAUGACUCGAAAAAAAUGUGCGUCCUACCGAUGUGGCUGACGAGGCUGGAAUCAGGCCUCGCGCGAUCCACGGUAGCUCUUAAAGGAUGCACAAGCUAGCCAAGGGCCUGAAGAAGAAGAAAAAGCAGAAGAAGGGCAAGAAGGGGGCAGAGGAAGACGAGUUCGAUCCGGAGGAGCUCGAGAGCUAUAGGCGAUCGCGGGCAUUAGCCCAGACGAAGGUCGAGCCAUCCGGCGAGGAGGCCAGUAGCGCCGGUUCCGACGAGUGGAGAAAGUUCGAGGCUCUGACAGCUGGAGUUGACUCGAUCCUCAAGAAGACCCAGGGGGACCUAGAUCGCAUCAAGUCGACCUCGUUUUUCCAACGCAAACCUCCGUUAGAGGAGAAGAAAAAGAAGGAAGGGGAGGAGAGCCAGGAGGACACCGAGAAGAAGUCCUCGUCGAAGAAGUGGGUGGGUUUCGACGAGGAGGGCAACCCGAUCGAGGGGGAGCCGCCUGACUUCGAGGGGAAAGCGGGCAAGGAGAAACCGUUGGUCAACGAGGACGGUUUCGUCGAAGUUCCAGACGACGACGAUGAACCAGAGGUCUCCGCGGACGAGGACAUCUUCGACACCACUUACGUCGACGUUCUUCAGAACAUCGACGUUCAACUAGCCUACAUCCCGGACAGCCCGACCGAGGAAGAGGCUGGGGACGAUCCGUUCGACACCACCAGCGCGGACAAGGUUCUCAAGACAGUAGACAGCAAGGGGAAGAAGGUAGUCAGCCUAGGGAACGCGGUAGAGGUUCUCUCCGGGAGAAUCGAUUACGUCAGCACCUGUAAGAUCUCCAAGAACAGAAAGCCCAGGCUCCAGCAGGACCUGUUGUUGGACGACUUCGACGAGCCAGUGCCGUCGGAGGAGAACGCAGCAGUCCCUGAACCCAUUCAAGUCGAGAAGACCUUGCUGGACGAUGACAGCGACAUUCCAGACAUACCUGUAGACUUAACCAAGCUCCCACCCGUUUUGCCCAAACCCGUUAUCCAGGAGAGCGCCGCAGAGAUCAAAGCGUCGAACAACGAGCCGCUCGACAUCUCGGAGUUCGAGAUUCUGAAGGAGAAGACCAUCUUGGAAGAGAUUCCUGAUUUGGACGACGCGGAAUUCGACCUAAGCGCCGCACCGGACGAGGUUCCGCGCCUCGAGGAAGCCGAAGAUCCGUUUAGUAGCAAGGAACCGGAAACCGUAGAUUUCCAAUCGGAGAUAAUAGAGGCCAGCUUUGAGGCGGCCACCUUCGCCAACGAGGAGGAUCCUUUCGACACCACCUUCGCCGAUAAUAUACUUCCUGGAAAGACAGAGCUCAAGUUCAUCGAGAAAGAGCUAGAGGAACUACCCGUCUCCGAGGUGACGAUCUCCUUGACCGACCCCGCUGGCCUGCGCAGAGACUACGAGACAGGUUUACUGGCCGCCGAGAAUGGCAGAGCAGGUCUGCAGGCGAAGAGAGACCUUCUAGGAGGAUCGACAACCGACUUGAGCCAGUUGGUCGACCAGCCCAUAGCGCCGGAGGAAGACAUCACUUACGUUGAUCCGUUCGACACCUCGACAGUGCAAGAGCUUCCACCUGGACAGACGGAGCUGAAGUUUCUGGAGAAGGAGCUACUGGGCGACCAGACACAGGUCCCGAGUGCGCUAGAGGACGACGACUUCGAUCCCAGGAAGGACGAACAGCCAGCAAUAGUCGAGGCGACACUACCCAAACACCCGUCUAGACCGCCACCACCAACCGUAGCGGUUCAGCCAACGUUCGCGGUUGACUUUGUCGAGCAGGAGGUAGCAAACGACGUAGCUGAGUCGGGGGAUCUCGAACGGAGAACCUCCAGGCCAGAAGUCCUCGAGUUGGCACCCGCCAAGUCGGUCGCCUUCGAACUACCAACGCCGUCCAAGAGACCGGACCUCCUUACGACCUCGGAAGAAGAGAAGACCUUGCCCUCGAAGCCACUCACGCCGUACUACUCUCAGAAAUCCAUCGAAGAGUCCAUCCCCAUCGAGGAAGAAGAAGUGGAUGUCGAUCCGUUCGACACGAGCUUCGUAGCUAAGGUAGCGCCGGGAAAGACGGAACUAAAGCUAAUCGAGUCGGAACUGCUGAAGCAACAGGAGUCUAAGUUGCCUCAUAGCCUCAGCGAUCACGAUUUCGAUCCCAGAGGCGAGAGCGAGCCGACCAGAAGGCAGAGCGAUUUCACGGCCGCCUCUAUCAGGCCGAGCAAGUUGAAGAUCAGCGAGUUGCAGAGCUCCGUGCUGAAGAAGUUCGAACAACCGCAACCAGCCAAGACACCCCAGCGUCAGGAGAGCCUACUGGACGCGGAGAUCGAGGUGGACGCUAAGCCGUUGACGCCGAGGAUCGAGUCGAAGCCCAUCGAGGAAGAAGAGAUCUCCUACAACGAUCCGUUCGAUACGUCCAUCGCCUGUAACAUACUACCAGGCAAAGCAGAGCUGAAAGUGCUAGAGAGCGAGUUGGAACAGAUCUCCGGCGAGGUUCCCGUGCGUCCUGCGCCCAUUAGCUUGACGACUAUCGUCCCGACCACGGUACCGGAGAUCGACGACUUCGAUCCCAGGGCGGAGGUGUCGAAGGAGGCGCAGGACUUCCUGUGCAUCGACGACCAGGACCCCGGGGCGAAAGUCCUCACUCCUCUGCAGAACCAAAGCUUUUCCUUGGACGAAGACGUUGAUCCUUUCGACACCAGCUUCGCAACGCUAGGACCAGGGAAGACCGAACUGAAGCUGCUCGAGUCCGAAUUGAUGGACAAGUAA